AACAAAACAGAAAUAGAAGAUGAAGAAGCAAGUGUUUUCAAGUGUUCUUGUUGUUUGCUUUCUUUUUCUUGUCAUUAAUUGUUUCAUUGUUGAGGCUCAGACUUGCAAGGCCAGUGGCAAGAUAAGAGGGAAAAAGCCUCCACCAGGACAAUGCAACCAGGAAAAUAACUCCGACUGCUGUAAACAAGGAAAAAUGUACCCUAUUUACAAGUGUUCACCUCCAGUUUCAGGACGUACAAAGGCAACCUUGACACUGAACAGCUUUGAGAAAAAUGGAGAUGGUGGUGCACCAUCAGAAUGUGACAACAAGUACCAUUCCGAUAACGACCCUGUGGUGGCACUUUCAACAGGAUGGUACAAUGGAGGGAGUCGGUGCUUAAAGUAUAUUAACAUCUAUGGUAAUGGAAACAGUGUUAAGGCCAAGGUUGUUGAUGAAUGUGACUCAACAAUGGGAUGUGAUUCUGAUCAUGAUUACCAGCCUCCAUGCCCAUACAAUAUAGUGGAUGCCUCGAAGGCUGUUUGGAAAGCGUUGGGAGUCCCUGAAGAUAACUGGGGUGGAUUAGAUAUCACUUGGUCUGAUGCUUGAUCAGUUUAUGACUAUCCCUGUCAUGUAUAACGGGGCUGGUAAAUUAUGAAAUAGUUAAAAGUUUCUAUGU